UGUGGAAGACGUGUGGUCUCCUCCCCAGAACUUCCGUCUAGGUUGUGUGUCGCUGUAUGCUUCUUACGUUCACACGGGUUGCAUCCACUAAGAAACAGACCCAAGACACAAUGACGUGGUUAGUGACCACGGUAUUGUUUUUCUCCAUCACUGGCAGACUCACAGAUGCAGAGUGUCACUGUAACACCACUACUGCCUGUGACGUGUUCCCCUCUACUCCCUGUAGUCAGGUCGGUGAUCCAGACAGAUGUCAGGAAGGCUGGUUUGGCUCCUACUGUCAGAAACGAAAUAUUGCCUUAGGAAGAAGUGCCACACAGAGCAGUACUUACAGUGAAAACAAUUACCAGACAGGGAAUACAACACACAGGUUCGAGGCCUGGUACGCCGUGGAUGGCAGAACUACCACCGUCGUCUAUAGUAAACCACUGACAUGUUCGGUCGCAGGAUCUCAAUAUAGCUGGACCGUGUACCUGAACAACUCAAAAACAGACAAGAUACAACACGUCAAACUGUAUCUAGAUCAGCGCUUUUUAGGAAAGGUAUUUACCAAAACAUUGAACAACGGGCUUUCAAACUGGUGUGAUUCUGAGGACAAGUUAUAUGAGGAUGAAGCUGGCUAUAGGAAAGGUCACCGUACCAUGGACAAUAUGUUUGUAUUGCAGUCUCUAGUUACAAAUACAGCGUUGCUAUUGUCUAUGCAUAGAUUUCUCAAAGGCAUUUGAAUAUGUUCAGCAUCACUUGUUGAAACAUGUAUUAUUGCAGACAGGUGUGAAGGGGAAGUUAUUUCAUCUCUGUACAGUCAACUACAGUCUUGUGUGCUUGUAAUGGGUCUUCACUCUCUGAGUACAUUUAGUGUACAUUUGAAACCAGGCAAGGGUGUGUGAUAAGUCCACUAUUGCUCACUUUGUUUUUGAAUGAGUUGCUAGAUAAUCACUAGUCAAGUAAUUGCAAGGUUAUUUUAGUGAAUGAGUAUGUUGAAAAUAUUACCUUGUUAAUGUUUGCAGAUGAUAUUGCUAAUGUUGGAGAUUCUGUGAGAAGAUUACAAUAUCAGGAUUUUGCAGUCAACGUGUAUUACUCUUGAGGCAGGGUCUGCCAGUAUCUUGGUGUGCUUUUCACUCAUAAGCUCUCAUGGAGUUUGGCCAGAAAUACCCUAGCAUUUUACAUUUUAUUUGUUUUUUUUUUCUAAAGAAAAUCUAAGCUCAACAGGUGUAAAUCCAGCUAGAGUCCAUGCAGGUAGCAAAAGUAAUGGAA